AUGGGUUCAGAACAAAGAUCUUGCGCCCUCGGUGAUGCAUCCACUGAAAGGGAUGGCGAGGUGCCCUCAUCUUUCGAAUGUUCCCUUCGGGCGGGAAAGCUGGACGUAAGGACGGGAAGCGUCCCCUCAGAAAAUGACGUUUCCUUCCGGAGCCUAAUCAAAAGGCCACUACCUGCAAAUAGACUCUUCGAGCCAAAAGACCAACACUGUGGCAUAUGGAAAGAUUCGCCGAACAAAGAAUGUCACGCCUCUUUCGGCGACCAUGGAACAACGGCGUCGGUGUCCUGCUACGGAUUCCUGAUGCAAAUGAGCCAAUUCCUUGGAGCGGGAAACUCCGGGCUUUUCUCCAUCGACCACGAAUCGACCGAAGAGCCAUACUCUAUCGUCCAUAGAGCGAAGGAUUUAGAGUAUUUGAGCCUCGGAUAUGACGAACUCUCUUUCGGCUUGUACCUACCAGGACGAUAUCUGGCAGACCCAGACCUCGGGGACCCAAAGGUGAAGUGGGUCAAUUGGAGAUGGCCGAGAUAUGAAUGGGACUACCCUAUCGAAGAUUUUUCAUUCGCAGUGAAGACUCAGAUGCUGAUCAGGGACCUCGAUUAUCUUGAAAAUCCUGGUUAUAACCGCGAUAGCAGCAAAACUUACACUCGAGUGCCGGGACCGAACGGAUUCGGCUGGAUCACAGCGAACAAAAUUGACGGUGAGAGGUCAAGCGCGGGCGAAACGAACGACUCCGGAGGCGAUGUCAUGGGCUUGUUUGUGGACGGGACCGCACAAAAGAUGCCAACAGGACCCAUCUUCCGGACUAUUGGAACCAGUGAAAGCGGUUCAGCCGUGCUCGAGAUUACGCUGGCGUACAGAAUCAUCACCAUACCAGAAGGGCAGGUGCACUGGAAGAAUUUCCUGAUUCCAGCCGAAGCGACUGAUGUUUCCGCGAUUCUCGCCGCAGAAACGGAACUACUUUGGGGCCAUUCCGUCAUUGAUGAUUGCAGUUGCAGCAACUCGUUAUGUGACAUUGGCAUCUCCAUGAAUGGCCGUAACGAGCGGGAUAUGGAGGGAGACGCAACUGCCCAAGCGCAGGCACCGGAGAUUCCGGAACCGGAGGACCAGAAUACUCAGAAGAGCAAGACAAAGCAGGACGACACGGCUGUCAACGCGAAUCCACAAACGCAUGUCAGAACAGAAGAGGUGACAGCAGCCGCUGAGUUUUCCGGCAAGCAGGCAGAGACUCAGAAUCCAAGUGCAAGGCCUGGAAAUGGUGAUACGACGGGAAUUGCUCAGGAGCCCACUCCCAGCGGCUUCAUCGAGUAUCUGACAUGGCGCCAUACGGAGUACAUUCUUUCCGUGUGUAUCAUCCCUCUUUGGGUUCCGCCUAUUUUGGACGAUGGAGAGGAAUCUGGGCCUGACAUGCUAGCGACAAAUAUCAUCGAAAGCAACAUCCAUGUGUCAGGCACACCAAAAAGUAAAGAUGAGCCUAAUGUCCCGCGAGCCCUUACAUGUGGAGACAUGUCCGGUCAUCGCAUAUGCACUUCGGCCAGCUUCUUUGCAUUUGACUUUCUUCUCGAUGUGCUCAAAAGAUUGCCGGCAGUGAACCAGACGCCAUAUAUCCUCGCGCUCCAACGACGCAUUAUUGCAGCAUGUCGCGGGCACAUCAGGUGGCUUGAAUGGCUACGGAAGCCUUGGCGCAAGCUCGAAGAUACCAGGAGUCUCUUGAGCACAGGAUGCUUUGCGGCGAAUUACUGGGUCAGUGGCGAAACGAUGCCCACGAGCACAUGGUCAUGGCAACCAGACGAUGCCAUCAUCGACACUCCGUUCCAGAUUCUGAAAGUCACGGCAUACAUCAAAUGGUGCCGAACACCUCACAACAUUCAAAUCGUCGAGGAUAACACACUGAAGCUUUGUAUGGCUCUGUUACGAGAUGUAUGGGGCUAUUUCAUUCAUGAACUUGAUGACCUGGACAAGCGCAAGGUAUUUGCAUGGCGACACGCAAGGGAGGACGGGUUAAACACAUACCGUCUCGACGAUCAUGUCUGGAUAUGGAGUAGUCUGAAUGAACUACAUUCCCUCGGCUUGUGGAGUCUGGCUGGAGUAGACAAACUGCAGAGCUUUUCUCAACGCUGGCGGAUAUCCAAAAUAAAUUCUCCGGCACCUGAAGCGAAGCCGGAUCAAGGAACUUCCACAAACGCCUGGAGAGUUGGUCGGGUUCGAGUGCCGUAUGAGGACUUUUGCUCUAAAGCCAGACGACUUCUGCCUGACAAGGUCAAGAAAGCAGUGCUCCAGCGGUUCACCGUUGAAAACGAUGUGUCACAGGAACGCAUGCUGGCCGUCACUCGCUCAGCAAGGGAAACCCGUUUUUUCUUCCACACUCGGGACACCGCUCUAUUCUAUGGUCACGUUUCGAAGUUCUUUCUCCCCGACAAGUCAUUCGGCGAGCUGUGGGAGCGAACCAUCAAAUCACAGAGCCAUCAUGAAGAGACUCUUCAAGAAGAGUGGCAAAGCCCAUUACGAUUUGCUUUGGGAGCAGUGGCUGGUCUGAAUAAGUUCUCCAUUGACAGAAGAAGUUCUGGCGAGCUAGCCAGGGAAUCUGUGGAAUCCUUGAUUCAGUUUAGCGCCCACAACGCUUUUAUUCCCGGGGAGAUUGACGUGGCAACUGGAAAACCGUCAAUAUUUUCCGAAGAGCGGGACAGAGAUUACUACUACCAUGUUGGAUUCGAAGCCUGCCAUAUUCUUUUCAAGUAUGCUAGAGACAUUGACGUAUCGUUUCGACCCCAACAUACCCCUGCUAGGAAGGAGCAUGAGGAUAAUAGCCAACAAGUUCAGCGCGAGACGAUGGACCUCCUCAGUGAGAUCCUGGCGCAAUUGAAGAAGCAAAAUUUGUCGAACCAUCCCCACGGAACCGACUCGAAAGCACUGUCAAAACAUUUCGCAGCAGACGGCCGUUUUGACAAAAACCCCAAUUCAGUGGCCAUGAAGAAAUCCAUGCCUUUCAACAGCAUGAUUGAUGCCAGCAGUAUCACUACAUUGGAUGAAGAGUGGCUGUACAACUACCCAGACUUUCUGCUGACCAGGGACAUUGAUCGGCGUCAGGAACUCAAACAACUGCGUGACCGAGAAUCUGAGAGGUACAUAAACAUACCUAGUUCCUCCAAUUCACUCAUCUACAGAGAGCUAGAUGCCUACCGGGAGGAAAAGUUUUCGUUUUCGUAUACGGAGAGCAAAGCUGGGCUUUCCGAGAAUGGCUUAGUGGCAAGUUUACCGAAGCAAAAGCAUCAGCGACAGGGACGAGCAAAACAAGAUAACAUUCGCGCAUCCCUGGUUUCUCUCCAAAACCCUAUGUUCAACAUGACGCUGUGGGAAUCAAUCAGCAAAGGGCGAACUGCAGCCGAUGCGAAGAAGCGUUUCCUAUGGCUGCCUGCACAAUCCGAUUCACAGACAGCCUUUCUUUGCUGGCUAGCGAGUACCGAAGCGGAAAGGGCUCCUAUUUCCUUGUUCUUUGACCGACACGCAGCAUAUGAAAACCAUAUGUGGGACGAUACUACUAUGGUUCUCAACGAUUGGCAAACAGAGCUUCACAUGUGCUUCUGGGUCCUCUUUGCUGAGGGUGAGAGUCAACCACUCCACAGCGGGAUUCCGGAUCAACUCGAGGUGCCAUGGCCCGCUGGCCAAAGUAAGGAGCUUCGGCGUGCAUCGAUAGGAUUCCGUUUCGAUGGAGACUUCUUCGACCGGUAUUGGACAUGUCACUUCGUCGAGUAUGUUCCUGGUCUGGCUCCAGAUCCGUAUAAUCUUGAAGAGCGAUUGAUGUCGAGAUUCAACAUCGACAAACACCUUUGGCAGAGAAAGGUCCUCGAAUUGCAGCUUCUCCAACACAUCCUGAGCGUCAUGUUGACCAAGUCCAACAAUAUACUCCAGGAUAUAAAAGAUGAGCUUGGUCUAAAAAAGGGAAAGAUGAUCUUGUCUGUAUUCAAUACAGAAGCUUACUCGAAGUCGGCAAAUCAUUGGCAGAUAUACGAGGAGCUUCUGGGGAAAGCUGAGGAAGAUCUUACGUCCUCCUUGAACACGUUGUCCAAAUGGGCUACCAGGGAAGGCGACCGGGGUCAAGAACGACCGAGAUGGACACGAAACGAUGAGAGAAAAUAUCGAGGCUACAUCAAUAAGUUGCGCAGCCAGACUGAAAGACAACGAUUGGACCUUGAGAUUUGCCGCGACAAAAUUCGCAAUCUGAAGGAGAUCUUAACAACCGUCCAAGCAAAAAAUCAGUCGGAGCUUGACGCGAAAAGAGAGCAGAACAUUGCGUAUUUCACGUACGUCACGAUCAUCUUUCUGCCUCUUGGAUUCGCUACAAGCUUCUUCAGCAUGAACGGUGCGCCAACAAAUGACUUGACAGUCUCCCUUGCGAAAUUUUCUGCCGCCGCCUUUGCAGUCACAGCAGUCCUAUUGUUUAGUGCCCGCACCUUCAUUGCCACACUCUCUAUGUUCAAGGAUGCCAUCAAGGAUGCCAUCAAUCAUACCCUGCGGGCUCCUCUUCAACGAUACUCGCACGAAAUUCGGGAGCAGAGCCUCCUGUUCAAAGGCAUUACUAGAUCCGAUGAUGCGAAUGAGCAGGUAUUGGAUAAAGACGACGUCUACUUAAAGAACUGGACAGACAGUUCCUGGUUCUGGCUGGCUUAUCUUUUCGUUGAACUACCAACGAACACGAUCUCUGGGUCGAUUGGGGUAGUUUCUAAGGUUAUACUUGGCAUGAUUGUGCUUCCUAUUUAUGCGAUGUCAAAAGCCGUGCUCAAAUCAUUUCUGACUGCUGGGCUCGUCCUCAAAAUCUCAAGGCACCUUUACAGCCUUUCCACGAAGCAACUUGCCAAGGACAAAAAGGCUCCCAAGAAGAGCGACGACUCCAAAAAUGGUCCGCCAGGCAAAUGGAAAAACUUGCUGGACGAUGUGGAACCUCUCAGCUCACUCGAAUCCCUUGAGCACAGGCUAAGGUGGAGGGUAUUGGAAUUGAGAAUGGAGGAGGAUGACAUAUAG